AACAAUGCACACUGAUGUACAGUGGGGCCAGUUGAGCCGGCUACUUCUGGCACAGCAAUAUCAGAAUGGUAUAAAAGGUGUUCUCCUUUAGACAGAAAUCCAUUGUUUGCACCAACCAACAGAUUCUUCUUUCAUACUGGAAAGACACUGUAUCCCUAAGAACUCAGCAUGGCCAAUCUAACACUCCUUGCUGGACUGUCCCUAAUAAUGUGCCUUCAAAUAGUGUCAUCGACCAAACUGGUGUGCUACUUUACUAACUGGUCCCAGUACAGACCCGGCACAGGGAAAUACCUUCCUGCCAACAUAGAUCCCAACCUCUGCACUCAUCUGAUCUAUGCCUUCUCAAUCAUCAACCACAACAAUGAGCUGGCCACCUACGAAUGGAAUGAUGAUGUUCUAUACCAGUCCUUUAAUGGGCUCAAGACCCAAAAUCCUGCUCUUAAAACACUUUUGGCAGUUGGUGGAUGGAACUUUGGAACCACCCAGUUUACCAUCAUGGUGUCUACACCUGCUAAUCGCCAGAGGUUUAUCCAGUCCUCUGUCAGUUUUCUGAGGAAGUAUGGCUUUGAUGGCCUGGACCUGGACUGGGAGUACCCUGGAGCACGAGGAAGUCCCCCAGAGGACAAGGCCAGGUUCACACUGCUCUGCAGGGAGUUACUUGAGGCAUUUGAGAAGGAGGCCAUUGACACCAGUAGACCAAGACUGCUGGUCACAGCUGCAGUGGCUGCUGGGAAGGGAAACAUUGACAGGGGUUAUGAGAUUGAGAUCGCACAAUACUUGGACUUCAUGAAUGUGAUGUCCUAUGACCUGGGUGGAGCUUGGGAUCCAGUGACACGCCAUAACAGCCCCCUGUACCGCGGUGCUUCGGAUGGAGACGAAGGAGAACUCAAGUACAACAACGUUGACUUUGCUAUGAAGUACUGGAGGGAUCGAGGCGCCCCAGUUGAGAAGCUGAUGAUGGGAUUCCCCACCUAUGGACGCACAUUCCAGACUGCCUCAGAAGCCAAUGGAAUUGGAGCCCCAACCAGCGGGCCAGCCUCUGCUGGAACCUACACCCGUGAGGCUGGCUUCUGGUCCUACUACGAGAUUUGCACCUUCCUAGAAGGCGCGACGGUCCAGUUUAUUGAGGAUCAGAUGGUUCCCUAUGCCAGCAAAGGAGAUGAGUGGGUGGGAUUUGACAACCAGGAAAGCUUUGAGACAAAGGUACACUACCUGAAAGACAACAAGUUUGGAGGGGCCUUUGUCUGGACUCUUGAUCUGGAUGACUUUACUGGAAAAUUCUGUGGACAGGGCAACUAUCCCCUGAUCAGCCACUUACGUUCCCUUCUGGCCUCAGAUUUGCCGCCCCUUCCUUCCACGAUCCAACCACCACCAAUGCCAGCAACUACCAUUGGAGUUGUACCCACCACUACCAGUCUACCACACACUACCUUCACCAGCACUCCUCUGCCUGACAGUGACUUUUGUGAUGGGAAAGUGGACGGCCUGUACCCCAACAAUAAAAAUCCCAACACCUUCUACCAGUGCAUCAAUGGACAUACCUUCAUCCAAACGUGUGCCACUAACCUCGUUUUCAACGAGAGAUGCAAGUGCUGUGACUGGAAUUUGUAGGACAUAAGCAUAGCCCAGAAGAUUAUUUUUGAUGCAUGUGUGAACUGUAGCCAGAAUCUGGGCAUGCUGUUAACUAAGGCUGCCCAAGCCUAUUCAAGAAGAGAUACCGCCCUUUAGGUUCUCUCUCCAAUCUCAGUUGUGUUUAACUUGGCAUAGCUUUUCAUCCACCUACACAUUAUAAUCUGAUGUGAUUAGGUAAGGAGCAAACCUACAGGACAAUAACUCUGCAGAAACAGGUUUGGCCCUGCUAUAACACACAUUAUCCCCUAUUUUGGUUACCUGUGCUGGUUAAGAUUUAAAUGUUAACAUGUACUCCAAUUUCAAUGGAAUAACAAUGUUUUGUAUGAUCAAGUGUCUUUUGAAAUUUAGCAAAAUAAAAAUAGGGUUUUUGCAA